GGUGACUGCCGAGUGGUAUUGGGAAGUAAAGCACAAAGUGGAUCAUGGGUUGCCCAACAACUUACUGAAGACCAGAAUAGCAAAAAUGAGAAAGAAUACAGGAGAUUACUUAAGGAACACCCAGGUGAAGAAGGAACAGUGAUUAAGAAUGGGAGACUUCUUGGACAGCUGCAGCCAUUACGUGCCUUUGGUGAUAUUCAGUACAAGUGGGACCAAGUUACCCACUCUCACAUUCUUACUCAAAUAUAUGGAGGUCCAAUUGUUCCUCCCCACUUGUAUAAAACGCCUCCAUAUCUUACAGCCAAACCAGUCACUACCAAGCACCAGAUACAAAAACAGGACAAAUUCAUCAUUCUUGCUUCAGACGGCCUCUGGGAUUCACUGUCCAGUCAACAAGCUGUGGAAUUAGUUGGACAGUUCUUAGAUUCAAGUAAGAAAAACAUUGGCGAGAUUCUAGAGAAGAAUGCAGCAACACACCUUAUCAGACAUGCUAUUGGUGGUAAUGAUCAUCAUUUUGUAGCACAGAUGCUUCUUGUACCAGAACAAUAUCGCCGCAUGUGGAGGGAUGAUAUAACAGUUACUGUCGUAUUUCUUAAAUCAGAUGACUUCAAUUCCAAACUUUGAUAAAAUCCCUUUAUAUUGUACUCCUGUUCAUGCACAAAAUUGUCUUGAUAUCAUAAACUUGUGUAAUCUUAAAGUCAUCUAAAGUUCAUUAAGACACCAAGGAUUGUACUUCCAAGACAAAGUUGCAUCUUCUGAGAAGUCGUACUGAAAAUAAAUGCAAGAGGGCAAUGUUUUCCCUGAACUA